GGGACGGAAAUGAAAUAGGAAAGCUCGUAUUUGUCAUCGAAAUCGACAUAAGAGGGGGAAGAGCAUAGAGCCAAGGAGCCAGCCCAGCCUCUGAUCGUCGUGGUGACAGCCACAUACUGAAGGACUAAACUUUUUGGGAGUCUCCUCAUCCGACCUUGCUGACUCGUUGGUUAUUGUUGGUUUGGAGGGAAUGCACAUAUCCUCCGUUUGCUCUGUAACUGGUUUUGAGGACACAUUAAGGAAAGGAUCCAAACGAAUGGGAAUGCGGCAGCGCCAAACUCUCACAAUGCGGGCAGAGUGAAGGGGCAGAACACAAUACCAUUCCACGGGCUGUGGGGGUUACUCGCUACAAUCUUUCAGUGGGGUAUUCUUCCAGACGAAAUAUCAUAGUUACUCUUUUUUUUCCUGAUUACUUAUUUAACCCAGUAUUGCGAAGUCUAGUGUUUUUGAGUAGAAGAACCAGCCAUGACGUCUCCGGCCAAAUUCCGAAAGGACAAGGAGAUCGUAGCCGAAUAUGAAACUCAAGUUAAAGAGAUCCGUGCCCAGCUGGUGGAGCAGUUCAAGUGUCUGGACCAGCAGUGUGAGCUGAGAGUGCAGCUGCUGCAGGACCUGCAGGACUUCUUCAGGAAGAAGGCGGAGGUCGAGAUGGACUACAGUCGUAACCUGGAGAAACUGUCUGAGAGGUUCCUUACGAAGACACGUAGCACCAAGGACCACCAGCUCAAGAAGGAGCAGAGUGUACUGUCUCCAGUUAACUGUUGGAACCUGUUGUUGAGUCAGGUGAAGAGGGAGAGCCGAGACCACGCUACCCUGUCUGACCUCUACCUCAAUAACAUCAUACCGCGCUUCGCCCAGGUUAGCGAGGACUCCGGGCGACUCUUCAAAAAGAGUAAGGAGGUUGGUGUCCAGCUUCAGGAGGAUCUGAUGAAGGUUCUGAACGAGCUCUACGCGGUGAUGAAGACAUACCACAUGUACAACACAGACAGUAUCAACUCUGAGAACAAACUGAAGGAUGCAGAGAAACAGGAGGAGAAGCAGAUGGGGCGUUCUGGUCGCCAGGACGACAGACAGACUCCCAGGUCACCUGACACACUGGCCAGCAUCAAGACGGAGGAGAAACAUGUCCGACGCUCCUCAGUCAAGAAGAUAGAGAAGAUGAAGGAGAAGAGGCAGGCUAAGUACACAGAGAACAAGCUGAAAGCAAUCAAGGCAAGGAAUGAAUACCUGCUGGCUCUGGAGGCUACGAACAGCUGUGUCUUCAAAUACUACAUCCACGACUUGUCUGAUAUCAUCGACUGCUGUGACCUGGGCUACCAUGCCAGUCUCCACCGUGCGUUGCGGACCUACCUGUCAGCGGAGAUGAACGUGGAGGCGUCUAAACACAGCGGUCUGGAGGGCCUGGAGGGGGCAGCAGAGAGCCUGGAGCCCAACGGGGACAAGCAGAGACUGAUGGAAACCUACAACAACGUCUUCUGUCCCCCCAUGCGCUUCGACUUCCAGUCACACAUGGGAGACACGCCCAGCCUGGCCAAGAGACGAGCCAAUCAGCAGGAGACGGAGCAGUUCUACUUCACGAAAAACUGGAAGGAGUUUCUGGAGGGGCGGAACCUGAUCACCAAACUGGAGGCCAAACAUGAGCUGAUACAGAAGACUCUGGGAGAGAGUCAGAAGACUGACUGUUGUCUUGCCAGUGACAAGAAAAACUCUGCACUACGGAAGCAGGAGGCUGGCCAGGUCAUCCCUCUGAUGGUGGAGAGCUGUAUCCGCUUCAUCAGUCGCCAUGGUCUGCACCAUGAGGGCAUCUUCAGAGUGUCUGGCUCUCAGGUGGAGGUCAACGACAUCAAGAACUCCUUUGAGAGAGGUGAGGACCCGUUGGCGGGAGAUCAGAAUGAUCACGACAUGGACUCCAUCGCUGGCGUUCUGAAGCUCUACUUCAGAGGCCUGGACCACGCCCUCUUCCCCAAGGAAGUCUUCCAUGACCUCAUAUCCUGCGUCUCAAUGGAGAACCUGCAGGAGAGGGCUGUCCACAUCAGGAAGGUUCUGCUGACUCUGCCCAGCAACACUCUCAUCGUCAUGAGAUACCUGUUCGCCUUCCUCAACCACCUGUCCCAAUUCAGUGAGGACAACAUGAUGGAUCCCUAUAACCUGGCCAUCUGUUUUGGUCCCACUCUGAUGUCAGUCCCAGAGAGCUGUGACCAGGUGUCCUGCCAGGCCCACGUUAACGAGCUCAUCAAGACCAUCAUCAUCCUCCAUGACGGGGUUUUCCCCGGACCAGGGGACCUGCAGGGGCCCGUCUACACCUGCCCAGGGGCCACCGACGAGUACUGUGAGCCACCCCUAGUGGAAGAACCUGCUCCUGACACCAUCUCUGUCAUCCACAACAGCGAUGAUGGCUUGUUGGUCGUUUCAGAAUCUGACCCAAUUGUGGCCAUUGCUCGCUUCGACUACUCUGGACGGACCAACCGGGAGCUGUCGUUUAAUAAGGGCGCGUCUCUCCUCCUUUUCCAGCGAGUCAGUGAUGACUGGUGGGAGGGCCAACACAACGGAGUGGACGGACUAGUGCCUCACCAGUACAUAGUGGUUCAGGACAUGCAGGACGGGGGCAGAGGCAGUCCUAAGACUGAGGCGGAGUUGCAGGAGGAGAGAGUGUCCACUAGGGGCAUCGCUGCCUCUCCCACUGGAGCUCAUGUAGCUGACGUCUACCUGGCCAACCUCAACAAGAUGAGGAAGAAGCCGGAGUUGGGGAGUAUCCGUAGAACCUUCCGGGUGUCUGAGGGAGGACAGGGGGGUGACGUACCCCCAACGGGGGCGACUGGUGGGGGUGUGAGGACGGCCAGUCUGCCUGUGGGAGGGGCUCUGGUGAAAGAGGGUGGGGAUAAACGACCAGUCAGCGCCCACAGUGUCCUCAACUCCUCCAUUACACGCCACUCCUCUCUCAAGACCAAGGUGGAAAGCCCUCAGUUCCGCAAAGCGACCACAGCGGGGCGCUCUAAGAGCUUCAGCAACCACAGACCUCUGGACCCUGAGGUCAUCACUCAGCUGGAGCCCACCUCACAGGAUAUCGAGGCGGCUAUGAGCUCUGCUCUGAGAGAGCUGGAGAGGCAGAGCAGUGUCCAGCACACACACACCCCCGAUGUGGUGCUGGACACUCUGGAGCAGCUGAAGGGUGUGUGUGGUGGGGGAGGAGGGGGCGCAUCAGAGCCCUCCAGUCCCCUCCACUCCCGUCUGCUGAGGGACAGCGACGGCGCAGGAUCUCCACACUCACACCCUCUCCAACGCAGCGCUUCGUCCGCUAGCGACGUCCCCUCCUCCUUCCGCCCUUCCUAUCCCAGGAGUCCCCUGCCCUCCUCUCUCGCCUCCUCAGCCCUCUCUUUCUCCACUCCCUCCUUCCGAGAGCCUCGUCCUCCAGCCACGCGGCCCAAGCCGGUGGUCUUCCCCAAGGGAGGAGGAAGCAGCAGUCCGGCUAUGGGGUCCCCAACCUCCACUGUCCCCCCUCCUCCCCCACCCCCACCCCAGCCCAACGACAAGUCCUGCCCCGCCUGAGGAGUGACAUCACACACGCUCCCCUUCCAUACACAAACCACUGCCCCAUCUCCCCUCACCCAAUGACAAGUGGGAUAGCUCUCACCUAGGAUCAGCUUACCCUCCCAAACGAAGCAUUAUGGGAGACUGACUCAAACAAGGGAUCAAAACGAACAUACAGCAUGACAAUAAAGAGACAUGGUGCUGUAUAUACUGGUGUGAGGUGUGUGUGUGAGAGGGUGUGUGUGUGCCUGUGUGAGGUGUGUGUGUGAGCGUGCCUGUGUGUGUGUGUGUUUGUGUGUGUGAGGUGUGUGAGAGCGUGCCUGUGCGAGUGUGCAUGUGUGUAUGUGUGUGAGGUGUGUGUGUGAGCGUGACUGUGUGUGUGUGUGAGGUGUGUGUGUGAGCGUGUGAGGCGUGUGUUUGUGAGCGUGCCUGUGUGAGGUGUGUGAGCGUGCCUGUGUGAGGUGUGUGUGUGAGCGUGCCUGUGUGAGGUGUGUGUGUGAGCGUGCCUGUGUGAGGCGUGCCUGUGUGUGUGUGAGCGUGCCUGUGUGAGGUGUGUGUGUGUGUGUGAGCGUGCCUGUGUGAGGUGUGUGUGAGCGUGCCUGUGUGAGGCGUGCCUGUGUGUGUGUGAGCGUGCCUGUGUGAGGUGUGUGUGUGUGAGUGUGCCUGUGUGAGGUGAGUGUGUGUGUGUGAGGUGUGUGUGUGAGUGUGCUUGUGUGAGGUGCGUGUGAGCCAUCCUGGACAGAAAGAGACAGAGAUGGACAGACAGAUGGAUGGAUGGAGAGAGCAUUGGAAUGCCUCUUUCUACGUGAAGAGAAGAGGACCAGGCUAUGUCUCUGAUCCUCCUGUGUGUAGGCAAGCUGAGUGUUGUGGUGACUCGUUCGAACAACAACGCUCACCAGUAUAGCUGCUAUACACCACACUCUUUUCUACUGUAUUCUACUAGACUCUACUAUACUAUUCAUCAGGGCUAUUCAAUUAGCACCCCUCAGGGGCCAAAGGAAUGCUGCUUUACUUUUCUAAGUGGAAGUUGUAAUGUAAUUGAUUGGCCAGAGAGCCCAAUCACCAAUGUCCCAGGUGUGUAUUGAUGGGGCCCUGCAGGACAAUAGUUAAAAGUCCUUCUCUACAUUCUGUAUUUACCCACAUAAUGCAACGCUUGUCUAGCUUUCCAACAGCACCUCCUGCUGGUGUUUAUGUGCACGACAUGGCUGUUCUCAAUAACCAACCUUUCUUUAGCAAUAAGAGUCUGACAGACUCAUCAGCUUAGCAGCAUGCCAGGCCUGCUGCUUCUCUCUCCCUUAGAUUCCCAGCAUUAAUAUACGCUCUGUUACAGAAGUGGAAUAGACACACACAUACACAUGUGUGUGACGUGUGUGUGUGUGACGUGGCAGCUAAAUGCCUUUCAGGUUCUCCUCGCAUGCUGGGGCCACAGCAGUCGCAGUGCUGACUGACUGCAUCUAUUUUCAAUACUACCAAACGCGCCUCUUACACCAGCUUCACACAAAUGAUAACUCCAAAAUCAGCAAAAAGGGUUCUUUUUACAUGUAUAGUUUAUUAACCAUGGUGAUAACUGGACAUGUGCAGAUGAGGAAUCUCAGUGAGGUGGAAGAGUUUGUUUAGAUACAAGCACAAACAAACCUCGUCAAGCGCAUUCAUAAACAUUACUUUAUGCUUAUUUUCUUCCACCUAGUUUAUCCUCAGAAUAUGUAAUACUAAACUGUGUAGCCGUCUACGUGUGUGUGUGUGUGUGUGUGUGUGUGUGUGUGUGUGUGUGUGUGUGUGUGUGUGUGUGUGUGUGUGUGUGUGUGUGUGCGUCAGUGACCCUUCACAACUCUCAGAAGUCAGCGUUAAUCACUCAUCAUUAAGGGAACCAACUAAUGCCUGCUCUUUGGAGACAUGGGACCAACAGGAUGGGACACAAAGACAGCAGAACCUGUGUCGCCAGAGCCACUCUGCUACCAGUAUCACUGAUCACUAGGCUUAAUGUUUGUGUGACUGACUAGUUCUCAGUCCCAGCCGCUAAAGUCAGAGGACAACAGGAAAAGUGUCACACCGUCUCCUCUGUCGCUUCUCUUCCAAUAGCAUUGAUGUGUGUCAUGGUAGACCGGCAUCCAAUAACUGAUUGGAUUGAUAUAAUCCAAUGAAAUAAUAUACAGGAACAGCCCUGAGGUAUGUUCUGUUGUGCUCGUCUUUAAGAGAACUUCUGCUGUGACUCCCUAACUGUCUGUUGCAUCAUGUGGUCAAUCUCCAACCGGUCCUGUCCUGUCUGUCACUGUGGUAGCAUUUUCUGAAGUCUGAACUGUGAUUCGUCAAGGGGAGGAGACAGAAUGUUUUGAUUGGUCAAGGUUAGUGGGAGGCGGCAGGAUGCUUUAGUUAUUGACAGCUUUAACACUGUCUGAGACCAGGAUAUUUAAUGUCAGGGCUUCGAGAUCCCUGAGGCUAGAAAAGCAGCAGACACCUCUCCCUAUCACCUUGCUCUCUCUGUACGUUUCUCCUCCUAGCAUUCUGCCUCUCUUCUCACAGACACACUAAUAUCCCUCUGUGUGGUUCCUUCCUUAUUGCUUCCUCCCCGCCAUGCAGGUAUAUACUUGUUUUAUUGCAUUCCCAAAUGAUCUGUAACGGGGGAUUUCAUUCUAAUUGUAAUGUUUUUUCUGUGUGUGUAUUUUACAUUGUGUUGCUCCCCUUACCUCAUCUUAGCAACUGGAGGGAUUGUGCGUGUGCGUGUGUGGGGUGGGGUGAAUAGGCAUUAACACACACGUCAUAUGAACAUACACUCAUGGGUGAUGCUUUGUGGUUGGUGUCUGUGUUAUCUUGGCUUUGUUGUAUAGGAGCUAGGAGCCUCAGUCUCCACACCAUAUUAUCAGUUGAGCUCAAAUCAAUCAUCAUGCACUUAAAAUGACAUGGUGUGCUCCAGGACUGAUUGAGUGAGGAUGAUUUUAUUAUGAUUAACUAUUGUUAAAUAUGCAUUUCUUGUCCAUUUGAAAACAAGAUCUAAAAAACGACGGUAAUGUCAAAUAUAUGUAUAGUUGCCUCUGUAUUAUGGAGAAUCCUGUGUUAAGAUGUACUUUGUAUAUACAAUGUUGUACAUUACAGAGGUACACUCUUUUUCUGGUACAAUAUUGUACAGUAAUAGCAAUAGUAGUUUAAUCAAAUAGUCCUUAUAUAAUUAUAUGUGUAGUUCUUGUAGUAUACUUUUUUUUAAAUAAACAUUGCUUGCUAUAAAGUU